AUGGCAGGAAACACAGCUAGAGUCACGAAGAGAUCGCUGAAUGCGUGCACGCGAUGCCGCAGACAAAAGAUCAAAUGCUCGGGGUCACAACCAUGCGAUAGCUGCAAUAAACGCAAGCUCACAUGUAUCUUUGAUGAUCGAGAUCAGAAGAUACUUGUCACUAGGGGUUAUCUCGAUGAGCUACAGCAGAAAUUGGCUAGGUUGCAAGGAGAUGAAAAUAACGAGUCUGUUCCUCUAAGUCCAGAAUAUGGCGAGGAGAUAUCACAUGGAUUGAAAGAUCACAAUGACGCACCGGGCAUUACCCAGUCCUCGCCGAAUGACAAGGAGGAUGUCCAAUCCAACCAAGAAAUCCAGCAAGAGCUUGAAGAUCCAGCAUCGGGAUUGACGAAUCCGUUGUCGACAGGGCCGCCGGCCUUUAUGUCAGCCGAGAACGGGCGAACAUUUUAUCUUGGAACUUCCUCCAAUUGGUCAUUCACCCGUCGAGUGCUGAGCCUAACACACGAGUUCAUAUACCAGGAAGCUCUCCCAACGGGGGCCUUGGCAUUCGACGGUGCGACUUAUGACCUAGGCUGGGAUGGGCUCCGAACGCCUCAGAGACCCGAUAUCCCCACCGUACCAACCUUUGACCAUGCUAUGUAUCUUAUCAAUACCGUGAAGUUUCGCUGUGGCCAGCUCUAUCAUCUCUUCGAUGAAGCGGAAUUCAUGGGUGGCCUACACGAUUUCUAUUCGCAAUCCAAGCCAAAUGCGACAUCCAGCUUAUGGUAUGUCCAUUUCCUACUCAUGCUCGCUUUUGGAAAGGGGUUCGUCCAGCACAAGGUACAAGGGAGUAAGCCUCCCGGUGCCGAAUUCUUUGUGAAGGCUCUACAGCUAUUGCCUGAUAUCAGUGUGUUGCACCAAGAACCCAUCGAGUCAACGGAGAUUAUGUGUUGCAUUGCACUCUACUUGCAAGCGCUUGAUUGUCGAUCAUCUGCACACAAUUAUAUCGGCUCAGCGAUGCGAAUGGCCAUGGCGGAGGGUUUGCACACCCAGAUGCCGGUCGAAUAUUUGGGAGAGGAUUUAGUCCAACGCUGUCGAAAGAUUUGGUGGACUGUAUACAUUCUGGAUCGUGAGAUGUCCUCGCUCAUGGGCCUACCUCAGUCCAUCAGUGAUGAUCACAUCAAUACCUUGCUGCCGGCAUUUCCGGGAUCUGCACAGCGGACAGCCGGCAUCAAUAUGCAUAUUAAAAUUUCCAGAAUAAUCGCAGAGAUUAGCAGUGCUGUCUAUGCAAUCGACGGUCGUCUUAAUCGGAACUUCUUACUUCGCACCAAAUCCGCUUUAGCCAGUAUCGCCCGGCUUGCAGAUGAGCUUCAUGAAGGCUUCCCCUUACACCUUGAUCGAUCAAUGAGUGGGGUCUCCAGGACAUCAGCCUAUCUCCACCUCUUAUAUCACCGAUGUAUCGUUCUCGCCACCCGACCAUUACUCUUCUGUUUUUUGAAGAUCCGCUUCGAGUCUCCCGAACAUUGCUUGGAAGCUCUGAACACAUCCCGAAAUGUUCGUAACUUGAUACAGAUGUGCAUUGACUCAUCUCAGAAGAUGAUCAACAUCCUACACAGCCUUCAGUCCGAAGACCUCCUAGAAACUUUCCUCCCUUUCGACCUCGAAUCCGUCUUUGUCUCAACAGUAGUACUCCUCAUGGCCCCAGCAAUCGACGCCAGAUGGUCCUCUCCAGCCUGGCUAGAGAAAGCCUACCUAAUAUUCGAAGAGAUAAUAGAUAACGGAAAUCUAAUCGCCAAAUUCCGGCGAUCGGAACUACAGCUCCUGGACGAAUUACUGAGCUGUUUUCCCCAAGAUAACUCCCGAUGUUUAUCGGCAGCCGUUUCCUUCCCAACUAGUAUCCUCAAUAACCCCCACACGAGUGUUCAACUUGCAAGCUCUUUCCAUCCUUCUGCGCAUGCUCUAGGUAAUGAUCUGCUCACGGAUCCUGGGGCGACGAAUGAUGAUGAGUAUGACUUGACAAGUGGCUUGACUGCGGCGCAGAUUAUGGCCGUUGCAGAUUCCAUUGAGAGUAUCGAUACGGAGUGGAUGUCUAAUGCUAUGAUUCAACAUGGUAUCUGGUAA